UCAAAUAUGUGUCAUUAAACGGUGAGGGUUAGCGCGCUGCAAAGUUUGUCUCCACUUUUGGAGCUCGUCGUGGGAAGUUCGUAUUACGCGCAUGGCGCAGCAAAGAAGAACAUUAGGAGUUGUAGAUUGGAAGAAUGUUAAGAAAGUGUGUGUCAAGUCCCCCAUUGGUCACGCUGGCUUUUGGCUUUGAAAAAAAAAAAGUAGCAGAAGUAAUUUACUGCUUGCGGACAUGACGGCGUGAGAUCUGGACCGCGGCUUCACAGGCUGGACUUGAAACUGAGCCCAUGUGAAAUGGUUUGGACUUGGACUACAAGCUGGGAGGACAUCACUUAACAGAUGAGCGUGAGAACAAGCGUAGUCCAUCAUGAAGAUUCUGACUUUACUGUGCGCCACAGUCGGGCUUUGGGGCUCCAGCGUGGCCAACAGAAACUGUCCGGACCUGAUCGUGGACAGCUGUCAGUGUUCUGCCGAGAGGUCCAAAGAGCUAAGCAGGCAGCACGUCCGUGUCAAAGUUGUGUGUGAUGAUGUGGACCUGUUGGAGACACUCCACCCUUCUUUUUUACCCAACAGAACUUUCUCACUAAAUCUGAGUAACAACAAGAUCGCUGUGCUGAGGAACGGCUCCUUCUAUGGCUUGGCAGCUCUGGAAAAACUUGAUCUGAGGAAUAAUCUGAUAAGCACAGUGGAGCCCUGGGCCUUCCGUGGUCUGCUGACUUUAAGGAGACUGGACCUGUCCAACAACAGGAUAGGUUGCCUCUACCCCGAAAUGUUUCUGGAUCUUGGCAACCUUUUAAAAUUAAAUUUAUCUGGGAAUAUCUUCUCCACUUUGACAGUGGGACUCCUCACACACCUUGUGUCUCUCAGAGUAUUACACUUCAGUACAGAAACUUUAUUCUGUGACUGUCAGCUGAAGUGGCUUCUCCUGUGGGCUCGAAGCAACUCAGUGAGGAUUGGCAACGACACGGUAUGCGUAUAUCCCACUCAUCUCCAUGGCCUAGAGUUCCGCAAUCUCCGUGGACAGCAGCUUACAUGUGAUGGAGCUCUGGAGAUGCCCCUCUUUCAUUUGAUUCCUUCCCAGAGGCAGCUGGUUUUCCAGGGAGACCGUCUGCCCCUUCAAUGCACUGUCACUUACUUGGAUCCUUCAGUUGAGCUGCAGUGGCAUCACAAUGGCCACACUGUGCCCACGCAAGAGGACCGAGGUGUUUAUGUGGAGGAAACCUUGCUUCAUGACUGUUGUCUGCUUACCAGUGAGGUCAUCCUUGCCAACAUCGACGUGGGCCUUGCAGGCACCUGGGAAUGUCUGGUGACUAGUUCCCGUGGCAACAGUUCUCGGCAGAUGGAGAUAGUUGUCCUGGAGAUGUCUGCGCAAUACUGCCCUGCUGACCGAGUCACCAACAACAAGGGGGAGUUCAGGUGGCCAAAGACUCUAGCAGGCAUCUUGGCCUUCUUACCUUGUGCUCCUGCCACCUUUGGUUCUGCCCCUCACCCUGUGGGCAGUGCUCCUCAUGCCUCCAGCCAUAAGGAGAAGAAGGCAUGGCGCCGCUGUGACCGGACUGGACGGUGGCAUGAAGAAGACUACACUCAGUGCCCUUAUGCCAGUGAACUCACACGCGUGCUACAUGAGCUCACCCAGAUAACCAUCAACACUACCAAUGCUCAGCCUUUGGGACAGCAGUUAGUGGCCUUCACCAGCAGAGCGGCUCACUUUACUGAUGUCAUGGAUGUCAUCUUUGUCACGCAUCUAGUCGAGAGACUGAGCAGGCUGGUAAAGAAGCGCAAUGAACUGGGAGACUAUAUUUCAGAGAUAGCUAGCAACUUGAUGCUCGUAGAGGAGCAUAUUUUGUGGAUGGCCCAGAAUGAAGCAAGAGCAUGCACACGGAUCGUUCAGUGUGUGGAGCGCAUCGCUGACCUGGCACUGACUGGAGACAAUCAGGCUAUUUCUAAGGUGUCUGCUAACAUAGCUCUGGAGGCCUUUCUGAUCCGACCCUCCAACUUUCUUGGUCUGUCUUGCACGGCACUCCAACAGCCUCCAUUGUCUGCCACAUCGCCCCUACUGGAAAGCCAUACCAACAAGGACAAGGAUACAAGCAGAGAACAUGACACCAUGGGCGAAUCGUUCCUCAACUUUAAAUGUGACACAAUAAAUCGAGGCUCACCAGCCAGUCAUCUCAGCAUGAACUCCGUGGCAGUCGCCUCCAUCCAUUUACCUCUGGCUGCUCCGCACACCUCCUCCUCUGCCUUGCAAUCUGUUGAUAACUCCACUUGCAGGCUGCAGUUCAUCGUGUUCCGCAAUGGCAAACUCUUCCCGUGCACGGGUAAUUCGUCCAAUCUCGCGGACGAUGGGAAGCGCAGGAGCGUGUCAACACCAGUUGCUUUCACCAAAUUAGAUGGCUGCAGCCUGGGUAGCGCCGUGCACUCCGUCACUAUUGCACUCAGACACUUCGCACUGGGGGUAGAACCCACCGCAGCCUAUUGGGACUUUGACCUGCUGGAUGGACAUGGUGGCUGGAGGGCAGAGGGCUGCCACAUAACAGGCUCCGGUGGAAACACGACCACCAUUCACUGCACCCAUCUUAAUAACUUUGCCGUGCUCAUGGAUCUGAAGAAGGUGCUGUCUUUCCCCCCAUACCCAGGGGAGUUUUUGCACCCGGUCGUAUAUGCCUGCACGGCCGUCAUGUUGCUCUGCCUCUUUGCCUCCAUCAUCACAUAUAUCGUGCAUCACAGUGCAAUCCGCAUCAGUCGAAAGGGAUGGCAUAUACUUCUCAACUUCUGCUUCCAUACGGCUCUGACCUUCGCUGUGUUUGCCGGCGGCAUCAAUCGAAUCAAAUAUCCCAUCAUAUGUCAAGCAGUCGGGUUCGUGCUACACUACUCGUCUUUAGCAACCAUGCUCUGGCUUGGGGUGACAGCGAGGAACAUUUAUAAGCAGGUGAUGAAGAAGCGUCCACAGAGCCAAGAUGGUGACUCGCCUCGACCCCCUAAACAGCCACUGUUGAGAUUUUAUUUAGUCAGUGGCGGAGUGCCCCUCAUCAUCUGUGGGGUCACCGCAGCUGUUAAUCUUGACAACUAUGGCAGCGGGGAGCAAGCACUUUACUGUUGGAUGGCCUGGGAGCCAAGUUUGGGAGCUUUCUUUGGCCCAGUGGCCCUCAUCGUCCUGGUGACAUGCAUCUACUUUCUCUGCACCUUCAUUAAGCUGCGGCGCCACCCUGAAAAGAAGUACGAGCUAAAGCAGCUGACAGAAGAGCAGCAAAGGUUGGGCGCCAUUGAUGUGCCGACCCAUUGCCAGCAGGCAGCCGAACCUGGCGCCCUGACGCCCCAGCCUCCCGGAAGCCACUGCCCCGCCGGUUGCCCAGGUGUGCCAGUUAAUCCCGCCCUACUGGCCAAUGAGCACUCCUUCAAGGCCCAAUUACGCACAGCAGCCUUCACACUCUUCCUGUUCCUGGCAACAUGGACUUUUGGCGCACUAGCUGUGUCACAGGGUCAUUUCCUGGACAUGAUCUUCAGUUGCCUGUACGGUGCCUUCUCUGUCACGCUUGGCCUCUUCAUCCUCAUCCAUCACUGUGCCAAACGGGACGAUGUCUGGCAUUGCUGGUGUUCUUGUUGUCCUGGAGGGCGGGCCAAGACCUGCUCUGGUGCCCAUGGGACGGGCCAAGUGCCACCUAAAGUCAACGUAAAUGGAGAUACCCCUUCGCAUGGCCAUAGUCAUGGUCACUGCCACCAUGAUUCCCCAUGUAAAGCACUGAUGAGCUGUAGUCAUGGCAGUGUAAGUCGCUGUAAGCACGCUGCCCUGCCAUCAUCACAAAAUCAUAUAACUUGUUCGACACCUGUGACUCCAUGUUGCGCUGCCCUGCAUAGCCAGCAGCUAAUGGAGGAGGAACCUACUGCUACGCACGUGCUGCUUCAUGCCGAUCCAGAGGGUCACCGGCCGGGCAUCCAGUUGCACCCCUGUUUGAAGAGCAGCAGCAGGACUAAAGGCCGCAGUUUCAGCCGCCGGUCCGGCACCAGCAUUUGUGGCGUGGGGAGUGAGAGGGAAUACGCCUAUCAUAUCCCCUCCACUGUUGAUGGAGGCAGUGUGCACAGCUCACACACUGACAGCCCACACAGCACCCAUGAGCGUCACAUCCACGCUUGUCCACAUCAGGUCCACGAGGGCAUCCAUGAGGGGCAUCAUACCUGCCACACAGCAGCAGCAACUGCACAUGAUGGCCUUGCAUGUCACAAUCCCUGCCACCGGCAUAUGUGCUGCGCCAAGGCGGACAUUUUCCCUUCUCUGUGCCAAGCGGAGGCAGCCAACGCAGGCGUGUUCUUGUGCGGGUGCAGCAAAGCGGCGGAGGAGGAGCCAAUUACGCUUCCCCAUUUGGAAAUGCACGCCCCUCGCAGACAAUCUUACCCCCAGAAUCCACCCAAUCAGAAUGGCAUUUUUAAGGGUGGCUUGCAUGAGGGACUCCUUUACAGCUCAGACAGUACAGGGAAUAUACGCACUGGACCCUGGAAGAAUGAAACUACUGUGUAGUCUGGGAUGUAUCUGGGCGGCACCCCCACUUCAUGCCAUCAAAGAAAACUUGCCUCCCAGAAUAUAAACCUUUUAAACAUCUCAAUCAAUGUGGGAUAAUGUCCUCAUAUUUGUAUGUGUGAGCUUUUACCUGACAGAAAUAUAUAUAAAGUUCUCAUCGAAGAACAUUUAUUCACGAAACAAUCUAUUCCAUCUCGAUAAAUAUAUGAACAAGUCAGAAGAUACAAGUGAACAAAAAUAUUUCACUACAGAUGUCUGUAUGUAUAAAAGAAAUUGAAUGGCUGUAUGUAUGGAUAUGUGUGUUAGUGCUCAAAGGCAACAAGCUGCAAGAUUUUAUUUUUACCCUUUGAGUGAAUCCAUCAACUGAUAAAAUUAACCAAAACCAAAACUUUAAACAACUCAUGGCAUCCAUGUUUUAGACAACUAAAACAGCAAUUUUAGAUUUCAUCAGUUUUGUUUUUUUGGCCAUUCAAUCAAACAGGUGUGAAUAUGGACAAGACAUUUUCUAAAUAUAACACAAAGAUAAUGUUGCUUGGCUUUUAAGAGAUACUCAUCUAAGACAAGAAAAAAAAGUCAAAUUCAAACAUGCUUUUUCAGGUUGAUAUUGUUUAUGCUUUCUGUAUGAUGUGACUUUUUUUCUGGACAGAUGUGAUCAACAACAGUAUCACAACAUUGUGACUACGGUAUAAAGUUCGUUUUACUGAGUCCCUGGAUCCAGAGAAGUCACCCGCCUGUAACCACAUAGAUAGACACUUUAUUCAUCCACAAGGGAAAAGCAGUGAUGCCGUGAGAUACGAGUUUAAUUUGUUCAGUGACCACAUUUAACUCAAAACACUUAUCUCAAAUCAUCUUUCCCCAUCAAAAUGAAUAGAAAUGACAUUAAUCCAUUGAAGCCUUCCAAAAAAAACAACAAAAACUAAUUUUUUUUUUAGAAACGAUAGCUUUCUAUAAUAUUGCACUUUAUAUUAAAAAAAACAGAGUAAUGACAUAGUUAAUCAGAAUGUAACGAAAUUAAAAUUUGUACCACAUUUUUUGCCUCAGUUCACUUGACAUUGUUUUGCUCUUUCUGUCGGGAUGUCUUGGCCACCUGGGGGCAGUGUAGUACAGACAAGAACUCUUCAGUACGUCAUUCGUAUAAGUCGUUCUUCGCAGAGGAUAAGUUGCUACAGUGGAGGAAAUAAUAAUUUGAUCCCACUGACAAAGACAUGAACGGUCUAUAAUUUUAAUGGUAGGUUUAUGUUUUCGAAAAGAAAAUCCAUAAAAAUGUUUUUGCAUUGAAUUGAGUGAAAUAAGAAUUUGAUCCCUCACCAACAAUAAAGAAUUCUGCCUCCCACAGACGAAAGAAGAAGAAAGCACUCCUAAACCCGUUAGCUGUAUGAAAGAUACCUAUCUAAACUUGUUACCUGAAGAAAGACACCUCUCCACAGAAUCGGUGAAUCAGACACCAACCUCUCCAGCAUGGACAAGACCAAAGAACUUUCUAAGGAUAUCAGGGACAGGAUUGUAGACCUGCACAAGGCUGGAAUGGGCUACAAUACCAUUGGCCAGAGGCUAGGUGAGUAGGAGACAAUUGUUGGUGCAGUAAUUUGAAAAUGGAAUAAACAUAAAAUGAGUGGGCGGCACGGUGGCCGACUGGUUAGAGCGUCAGCCUCACAGUUCUGAGGACCCGGGUUCAAUCCACACGGCCACGCCUGUGUGGAGUUUGCAUGUUCUCCCCGUGCCUGCGUGGGUUUUCUCCGGGCACUCCGGUUUCCUCCCAUAUCCCAAAAACAUGCAUUAAUUGGAGACUCUAAAUUGCCCGUAGGCAUGACUGUGAGUGCAAAUGGUUGUUUGUUCCUAUGUGCCCUGCGAUUGGCUGGCAACCAGUUCAGGGUGUACCCCGCCUCCUGCCCGAUGACAGCUGGGAUAGGCUCCAGCACCCCCGCAACCCUAGUGAGGAGAAGCGGCUCAGAAAAUGGAUGGAUGGAUGGAUGGAUAAAAUGAGUGGGCCGGCAUGGUGAUCAACUGGUUAGCACAUCUGCCUCUCGGUUCUGAGGAGCCGGGUUCAAAUCUGGCCUCGACUGUGUGGAGUUUGCAUGUUCUCCCCCGUACCUGUGUGGAUUUUUCUCCCAUUGAAAACUCUAAAUUGUCCAUAGGUGUAAAUGUGAGUGUGGAUUGUGGUUUGUUUAUAUGUGCCCUGCAAUUGGCCAGCGGCCAGUUCAGGGUGUACCCCGCCACUCGCCCAGAGUCAGCUGGGAUAGGCUCCAGCACCUCCGUGACCCUGGUGAGGAUAAGUGGUAUGGAAAAUGGAUGGAUGGAUAAAAUGACUGUCAAUCUCCCUUGGUCUGGGGCUCCUCACAAGAUUUCUCCUCGUGAGGUAUCAAUGAUCAUGAGAAAGAUUAGGCAUCAGCCCAGAACUACAUGGGAGGAGCUUGUUAAUGAUCUCAAGGCAGCUGGGAUCACAGUCACCAAGAAAAACAUUGGCAACACACUAUGCCGAAAUGGAUUAAAAUCCUGCAGCACCUGUAAAAUCCCCCUGCUCAAGAAGGCACAUGUCCAGGCCCGUCCGAAGUUUGCCAACGAACACCUGAAUGAUUCACAUAAUUAUUGGGAGAAGCUGAUGCGGUCAGAUGAGACAAAAACCGAGCUGUUUGGAAUCUAUUUGACUUGCCGUGCUUGGAGAAAUAUGAAUUCAGACUAUGACCCCAAGAACAGCAUACCCACCGUCAAGCAUGGAGGUAGAGGCAUAAUGCUUUGGGGGUGUUUGUCUUGCAAAACGGAGAGGUCAACUACAUCGAGGGAUAUAUGGAUGGAGCCUUGUACCAUAAAUCCUGGGUGGCAACCUCCCUCUCGCAACCAGACAAGUUAAAAUGGGUUGUGGUCCGAAAUUGUGUGCAAACCCGGUGGUCAACUAUGUGAAAUGUAUGACCCCUGUACUGGCCAACAAGGGGCGCAAAGUACCAAGUAAUGUUUUGAUAGGGGGGCAAAUAGUUGUUUCCUUCAAUAAAUUGCCAAAUAAUGUCAAUCAUUUGUUAAAUGUGAUUUUCUAGAUGUUCUUUUUAAUGUUCUGUCUCUCCCUGUUAAAAUACACCUCCGAUUAAUAUUAUACUGUUCAUGUCUUUGUCAGUGGGUAAACUUACAAAAUCAGUGAGGGAUCAAAGAAUUAUUUCCUCCAUUGUAUAUGUAUUAUCCAUCUACAUGUGUUGUGCCAAACUUUAUGUUAAAAUAUCCAUCGGUUAUCAGGUUAGAACACCGUGACACAGAUGCAAUUCGUUCACUGCCACCAUACUACAGUGCUUGUAGUCAAAAGCAAAAAAUCUUGAAAAACCCGUAAGCCAGAUCACUCAUAUCUCAAGGCAUCACUGUACACUGCCCCAAUAGUCUCCACAAUGAAAAUAACAAAAGAAAUUACUACAGUAAUCCCUCACUAUAUAUAUCAGUUCACAUAUUUCUGAUUCAGUGCAUCACAUGUAUUAUUAUUUUUUAAAUACAUAUAUCGGUCAGUGGGAUGCACAUCUCUGAUACAGUUAGCUUUUUUGGCUAUGAUUUUAAAGUGGAAGCAACAACUCACAUAAGGUCACUUGGCCUCUUAUUCUUAGUAGAAAAUGAAUCCUUACUGAGUAAUCUCAACUCAUACAUUUGGUAAAUCACCAAAUUGCUCAAGGUUACAACGAACAUGACCGAAAAGCCGUUUUUUAAAACACAACCCACAGUCAAGAGUUUUAUGAAAUAAAUUCACAACUACCAACCUGAGCCUGAUGAAUACCUAAUACGCUCACUCAUAACAAUAUCAACAAGAACAAAUAAGUAAAGAGCAACAUUUAGCUUGACUUUCUACAACUACAGUGUUGUAGUUAAAAACAUCACUGCAAUAAAUUCUGGUUUCCACAAUGCUUUUCGUUGACUACAUUGCCAGGACCGUGAGUGUGAGGAAUGGCACUAAUGCUUAAUGCAGGAACUCGUCUGUUCACAUCUUGUCCGCUUUGACUGUUGUUCAAGUCACUCAAGCAGAAUCUUUAAUAGACAUUUGCUUCGGUAGAAUGUGUGGAUGGUGACCCCAAGUGGACAAAUAAAAUACCUGAACCUCUCUAAAGUAUCACAUAUUAGCUAUGAAUUGCAUAUAUGAAACAUAAAUUGACAUUAUAACAAUAAAUAAUUGGUCGCUACUUCGCAGAUUGCAUCUAUAUAAAAUUUUACAUAUCAAAAAGUAUCCAAAGAUCAAAUGACAAAAAAAAAAAGAA